AUUAAAAAAAGAUUGUACAAUUAUUAUUUAUUUUAAAAUAAUUAGGUGUAACUAAUAUUCUCUCUCAUCCAUUGCUCAUUCAAGUGAGAGAAAAUGGCGGACAAGGUGGUUCUGCUGGAUGACUACGUGAGCAUGUUUGGGAUGAGGGCUAGAGUCGCAUUAGCCGAGAAGGGUGUGGAGUACGAGUACAGGGAGGAGAGCUUGCAGGCUGGCAAAAGCCCGCUUUUGCUUCAGAUGAACCCGGUUCACAAGCAAGUCCCGGUCUUGAUUCACAACGGGAACCCCAUCUCUGAAUCGCUCAUUAUUGUUGAGUACAUUGACGAGGUGUGGAAGGAUAAGUGUCCUGAUUUAUUGCCUGCUCACCCUUACCAGAGAGCUCACGCUAGGUUUUGGGCUGAUUUUGUUGACAGAAAGGUAUAUGAUGCUGGAAGACGGCUGUCAGGGACAAAGGUAGAAGAGCAAGAAUCAGGCAAGAAAGACUUCAUAGCUGCUCUCAAGCUGUUGGAGGGAGAGCUGGGGGACAACCCUUACUUUGGUGGUGAGAAUUUCGGGUUUCUUGAUGUGGCCCUAAUCCCUUUCUACACUUGGUUCCCUGCAUUCGAGACUUGCGGCAACUUUAGCACUGAAGAGCAUUGUCCGAAAUUGAUCAGUUGGGCGAGGAGAUGCAUGGAGAGGGAGAGCGUGUCCAAAUCCUUGGCUGAUCCUAAGAAGGUUUAUGACUUUGUCUUGUUUCUGAAAAAGAAAUACGGCGGGCAGUAGCCGUAGUUGAUCAGUUUGGUAUCUUAUGGUGUGUCUGAAAUCCGUUUGUAAUAAAGACGUGGUCAUAUAACAAGGUCUGUGCAUGGUGAAUGUGGUUUGUUGACCUGAUCUUGUAGUUUGUUUCCAGUUGAACGUUGUUUUAGUUUCAAAUUUAAUGUUCUAUGUCGAAUCUUAUUCGAUUUCUA